AUGCGGACGAUGGUCGAACGUGAGCGAAAUAUACUGCGAAGAGAGAGAUCAACAGCUGUCCGACCUCCCGAACGUGUGUCCGACUUCCCGACCAUCGGCCUUCUCCGAGAAAGCACGAGACCUUACGUGUCCUUCGACCAUCUCCGACCGGUUCGGAAACGUCGACAAAAACUUUUCAUAUCCUUCCGGAACGUCGUCGAGUCCGGAUGUCCGGCUGAGAAUACAACGGUCAAGCUGAAUAUUGAACACUGUAGCAAGGCAAGACUUGAAUGGUCGGAAGCCACGGAUCCGGACUUGCGCUCGAGCUUUAGCCGAGAAAGCCACAAUUUGGCAAGGGUCGUGUGGACGGAUGAGAAGGAGCCGUGCCUGAGCUGCUGA